AUACUAUCCUAUACUAUACUUCGUUACUAAAUAAUAGUAUGUAUGUUUACAAUCUUUAGACUCUGUCUUUAAUUUUCUUUCAUCACACUAUUUAACAGCACACCAUUCUGCUGUUUUCUUUUAACUAAGAAAAUACUAAGUAAAGAAACCAGAUGAUAUGGAAGACUUUCAAGUUGAACUUUACGACUCUCGACUAGUUUUUUAUUUGAUUGGUUUGGAGAUUUUGGCUUGGCUUCUUUUUACUUUUUGCGUUCAACUGAGAAAUGAAAGAAACGGCGUGGCGCAUCAAAGCACAACAUGGAAUUACCUAUAUGGUAACAGCAUUUUCACAUUUCUAUUGUGGAAAGUUUUCACCAUCUACAACAGUGCGUGUGACCCCUUUUGUUUACUAGGUCUUAGUAAGAGUGCUACGGUGGAUGAGAUCAAACAUGCCUUCAAAUCUUUCUACAGGAGUCGAAACCCAGAAAAAUACCAACAAAUAGAAAAUGCUUACUACGAAUUAAUGAACGAAGAUUCCAGGCUCAAAUGGUUAUAUUAUGACAAGUUGGCAGUUCAAUUUCUCGGAUAUACAGUUCCAAAUUGUAUAAUUGAAAUCUUCAUCUGUUUUCCAUUUCACUUUUCAAAAGUCGCACUGUUGAUGCAGAUUAGCCCUGGCUUUCAAAUGGGUGUAUCAGUUAUCGCUGGAAUCUUGAGGUGUCUUCUGCAAUUCUUCAUUUUUUCAUACUUGACUUUAGAUACCAGCAUCAUAUUAAAUUUGCUUGUGUUUUGGUUAUGCUUGACAAUAUUGGCUAAAAAUGGAAACGUAUUCGCUUUUCUCCUGUAUUUUGUUCUGACGCCAUUGAAAGCUCAAAUUAUAUUUGUUUGGCUUAUUUUCGAGUCUAUAACAACCCAAAUUUUGGGUGGAUUUAUGGUCUUCGGUGCUUUUCAAUUUCCAAGAUUUUUUGGAGCGCUGAUUGAAAGUACCCUGAUCACCUGGGUUGUUUUUAAUGUCUCUUUGCUUGAGUAUUCUAAACUGUUUGAAAGUGUUUCUGCAACGCUGUUGUGUCCCACAGCAUUAUCGUGGGGUCUAAUUGAACUCAUUAAGAAAGUGUUUGAUGUUUAUGGAAUACAGGACAAUUAAAAUCAGAAUGUUGACAAAUAAAAGCAGAAAUAAAAGCAUUGACAACGUAUGCUUUUUCUCUAUUCAAACAAUUAACUAUUGUAUUUAUAAAAUUGUUUUACAUCUAGGUUUUUUAAACUAGCAUAAAGCAACUACACUGUAUAGCUUAAUGUGUACAAGAUGACCCAGUUUCCGGCUCGAAAACGGUCUGUCGGCAUCACUGUACAACACCACAAUGUAUAACCUUUUAACACCCCGAUAUAUCCCUGUUCUUUGGCCCAAACUCCCUCCAGAUCCCUUCUGGGCAUCCAUUUAUUGUUGUCAGGGCCUUCGCCAAAAAUAAUAUUAUGCAUACAAACAUAAAUUUCUUUAGUCUCGAACUGGAAGAUCUAUUAAACGUAUUCUAACGAAAAAUUUUAACAUUCGUGGAAUUUAGUUCUAAUAGGAAUAACAAAUUAACAUAAUAUUUAAAAUAUUUAAAAUUUGAAAACAUAUAUAAUAUAUGAGAUUUUAAAAAAAAUAUAUAUUAUGACUAUAAAAAGGGUAUCUAACGGGCUAUACCAGAACACCGGAUAAUAAUAUAUAAGUCGUGAAAAUUUUUCUAGCUACUUUAUUUUGUCUCCGUAAUUAUUAAAAUUACACCAAAUAUUAUUUUAAAUUAAAUUAUAUCCUUAUUUAACCGAUCCCACUGCUAAUGCACAAAGAUUUAUAUACAUUAUUUAAGGCCUGGAAUAGUUUAGUAAAAACAAAAACCAAUUAUUCAUUGAGUUUUUUUAUACUUUUUUUUUAAUUUAUUUUAAUUUGAUUGCUCUUUCUCAAAAAAAGCAUAGUUCUAGAAGUAGAAUCUAGUUUCUAGUUUAUCAGUAAAUAAUUUGUUUAUAUUCUCGAAUUAGAAGAUUUGUUAAGCGUUUCCUAUUUGAAAAUUGAUUGUACUAUAAUAAUUAAAUGUAUCAACAAAAGCUAUAGCCAAAAAAUAUAAUGUAUUAACACUAUUACCUUUUGAAUCGGCAAUAGUCAACGCAUUCAACGUCUAUUUUUGUUUUGAAGUGCAACUCUACAGUGAACGAUGCUAAGUUUAGUCAUUGAAGUUAGUUUGUAUAAUUAAAGAAUAUGCCCCUGAAUCAUAUUCACAUCUUUAAAGAAUUUUUUAAAUUGUAUAUUCAUUUUAAAAACAAUAAUUUGUUAUACUCAAGUACGUAUUUCAAAAUUGUACACAUAUUGCAGAUUUUCUGAUUUCUUGUUACAUACAAAUAAAUAAAUAUACAUAGGCUAGACUUUAAGUAGUAUAUAGAUGUAAACCCUUUCGUUUCAUAAAUAUUAUUGUUAUUGUAUAUGUAAAUUUUGAAAACAAUGUAUUGCACAUACUUUUAUUAUAUUUUAUUUAUAUAAUUGAUAUUUGAUUUUAAUACAUUUGUAGCA